UUUAAAGUACUUGAAGAAGAGAGUUUCCAUAAACCAUUCUUAGUAAAGAUCGCCAUAUCACUAGCUAGAGUAGAGUUUUUAUCUGGUUCCUAUUGUCCUUUGCAGCCAGAGAUGAUGAAUGCGUCUGAUAAUGUAAAGAAUGCAAGUGCCGCGGAAAUCACUUCAACGUCUGUAGAGAUCGAAAAAGCAAGUUCAAAGCUUCUACAACCAAUCUACAAUGGUGAUGAUCAACCAGUCUCAACCACAAUGGUUGUCCCUCUUACUGUCUUUGAUAGGUUGGCGGAUGACAUACACGUGACGAUACUAUAUCGGAGUACCGAGAAUGGGCUGGUAGGUUAAGUGAAGAUGAUAAUGGUCAGCCCAUAAUUUUACUCAAUGAUAAAGGAAUGAGAUUUACUGAAGCUUCGGCUAACUGCACCCUUGAUCAGGCGUUACCUUUUACAACACCUACCUUAUUAAAACUUAGCCAAAACUUUGAAGGAUCAGUGAAAGAACUGGGUCUUUUUCAGCUCACCAGAUUUACUUGCGGGUCACUGGUUUUGAGUUUCUCGAAACAUCAUAUUGUGGCUGAUGGACAAUCUGUGAGUCAUUUCAUGAAUGCUUGGGGUCAGGCUUGCCGUGGGCUCGACAUCCACCCUAUUCCUUUAUGUGACAGGAAUAUAUUUGUUCCGCGAAAUCCAUUCCGUAUCGAGUUCGAUCAUAGAAGUGUUGAGAUUGUAAAAAGGAAGAGCACAUAUUCCAUCCCGCUUCCUUGCACAGAAGAUGAUUUGGUGCAACAGGUUCUUCAUUGCACCCCCGAGUUCAUAGCCAAAAUCAAGAGCAAGGUUUCUUCAUCAUCCUCUUCGACUAUUUCAUAUGUUAAUGGUGGCUGCAGGCCAUCUUAUAGCACCUUUGUGUGUUUGGCUGCAUAUUUAUGGACAGUAAUUACAAGGGUUCGGGGACUUGAUGAUUCUCAAUCAACAUACGUCAAAAUCGCAGUGAAUGGUCGGAGAAGGUUAAGACCUCAGAUUCCAGAUGAGUACUUCGGCAAUAUGAUACUCUCUGCAUUCGCUGAAACUCAAGGAAAGAUCCUUUACAAAGAAUCUUUGAGCCACACAGCAAAGAUAAUACGCGAAGAAAUAUCGAAGGUGGAUGACAAGUACUUCAAAUCUUAUAUAGAUUUUGCAAACAAAAAUUUGAACGAUGAUGGUCUGAAACCGCGGAAAACCGAUCCUCUGAGUGUGCCAUCCUGCUGGCAAAAUUUGGAAAUCAAUAGCUGGCUUAGUUUUAAAUUCAACGAAGUUGAUUUUGGUACUGGUAAACCUUACAUAUGUAUGCCAUCUUUUGAUCCUCUGGAGGGAGAAACAUUUGUGGUUCCUUCGGUUGUUGGUGAUAGGAGCAUAGAUGUGUAUAUAACUUUGUUCCAGCAACAGCAAGCACUCUUCAAGGAAUUGUUUUACAACAUUGACUAAUAACAUCCAAUGGGUUUUAUACUGCCCUGUCAAUUUUAUUUAUAUCUUGUGAUCGAGCUAUGUCGAUUUAAGAAAUAAUUUUUUGUUGCGUUUUCACUCUUAUGGUGUAAGAUUAGUGCGUCCAUCCCUUG